AUGUCCUCUUCGCAGCUGCCCUUCUGGAAUGUUAAUGUCCCGCGGGACCUCUGGACAGAUGAGUGCCCAGAGUUCUUGCGGGAGUGCGGGGAGAAGGACCGCCGCAUUAUCGGCACUCCCAAUGCGGACUAUGUGCCGCUGACGUGGGACGAGGUCAAAACCAUCAUCAAGACCAACCGCAUCGACAAGUUUGUGCGCAAGCCUAGCGAGCUACGUAGAUAUCGGCAUUACACGUGGGAGUUGGUCAGGAACUACGGCUCCAUCAUGAACUUUGUCCUCAAUGAGCGCUUGAAAUGGGCGGACUUAACGCCCAAGGGCGCGCCGUUCAGCUGCCCAGAGGACAUUAAGAUUCUGCACAACGACUGGCCUUACGGCGUCGACGAGCGGAUCAUGCACCUGGUCGUGUGGACCAAGUUUGACCUAGAAGACGAUGCGACAACCGACGACCUGACGCCCAGGGCGCGCAGGGAGAUAGACGAUUACGUGCAGAAGACGUUCUGCAGGCGCGUGCCGCCGGAACAGGUCAUCUGGUUCAAGAACUGGCGGUCUCUGAAAUCGGUGCACGCAGUCGAGCACUUUCACGUCAUGCUCUUUGCGCCGGACGCGGGCUUUGUGGAUGGGGUGACCGGGGGCGACGUGCCGCUGUCGCAAAAGGCGCCUGCGGUCUAGUUCCGUAGUCGGAAGGGGAAAUGGGGAAAAAGUGGUGAAAAAUUGCACGGAACCCGUGGGAACCGUCAGGUGUGGCGCUCGUGUGGCUGAAGCCGUGACAACAAGGAAGGAGU